CAAACAGCAGAGAGAGAGAGAGAGGAAAGUACCAAACAGGACACAGAGAGAGAAAGAGAUACUGAAGAGAACCAGAGAGGCGAAAUACACCUCACAAAACAGAUAGCAAGCCACAGGACAAACGAAUUGAUCAACCAUGUCAACUCCAGCUUCACAAUUUGGACAGCUGUUGGGCCUGGUGGAUGUGAACCAGACUAUGACCAGCUUCAACAAGGAUGAUAGACUCAACAUCGCUGAAGUGUGUUGCGAUAUGGUGUGUGGGGGCCGGGCGCACGGCGUGAAGGAAAAGGUACCCCUGGGGACGCUGGGGCGUGUUGAUAAAGCCAUUUGGGAUGCUGAAGUCAGCGUAGUCAAUGGCACUAUCCAAGUCUUCCAUAACCAAGUACGGGUCACAUCACACAAGGUAACGGGCGUGAGUGUCUUUACCGCCAUCCCAGGGACCAACGGAAAGUUAGUGUAUAUCGGUAAGUGCCAGGAACAUAAGAAGAGGAUGGCGGUGGUACUACAGCUCAGUUCGGACAGAGAGGCGCAGAUCCUUAAAAGCCGUCACCAAGAACUGCAGGUGGACGGGCCCGAGUCUCGUCAUAUGUCUAAUCUUUACCAGGUGUCAGCGGACCCUUCCAUCCCUCCCCCGGACUACGAGGAUCUCACCCCACCACCACUACCACCACAGAAACAAGCUAAUCCAUCGCCACUACUACCACCCUGGCAGAAUCUACCACCGCCAACAUCCCCUAAGCAGAAUAUACUAUCCACGUGGCAGCAUGUACUACCACCACAUCCCCAGCAACGUUUACCAGCAUCAUUACCACUACCAUCAGGAGACCUACCACCACCACCAUUACCUUCCCCCCGUCAGCGUGUACUACCACCACCACCACCAUCCCCCGAAUCACUCGUCUUCGAACAAGCUCUACCACCCAUACCAGCAGCUCGGGAGCAUAUCUAUGACCAAGUCAAUUUAUCGAUACCGCAAGAGCCGAUCUAUGCAACCAUCGACCCAAGCUUACCAACACCACCGCAUCAACAACAGCCUGGCGAUGAUAAUUAUUAUUCUCAACCAGUCCACGACAUCAACCAAUACGAGAACCCACAAGGGGGAUCAUCAACAGGCCUCCCACCUCCUCUGCCACUUCGUCAAGGCUCAAGCGGGUCUGACCAGGAUUCUAACUGCGACGUGUAUGAUUGGCCGUCUGAUGAUGGUCGCGAGGAGAGCCCCCAAGAGAACUAUUACACGGCAUUAGGGAUUGAUAUAAGGGAAGCUGAACAAAUUUAUAUGACUACAUCAAUGAAUGAGGAACAGCAGGAACGGGGGAUGCAAGAGAAGGGUGAUCACAAGCGACAGAAAAGACAAAAACAGAGGAAGAAGGAAGAGGACAAAUAUAAUGAAGAAAAGGAAGAUACAGAGGAAGAGGAUGAUGAUGAAGAAGAAGAGGAGGAGGACCAGGAGGAAUUUGAGACUACGCUAGAAGAAGAUAUUAGCGCUUUCCUUAAAGAUGAAUAUAAAUUCAAGACAACAAUAUGGAGGAUCAGAGAAGCCACGCAUUCACUCACACGUGAGCUUCAACAUCUUCUUCGAGGAACGGAAACGUUGGCCGACAUUCAAAAUGACAUGUACGUGGAGCUGUACGAGGGAUAUAAAUCACCUUCCAAAAUUGCCCAGGUGUUCAUCUCUCGGAAGGAUCAGCUAGAACGGUACAAAUAUUACCUGAUGAAGUCACCGCAAAUAAACAAACUUACAGAGGCACAACCAGAAGAAGUGAAGAAAAUGUUCCCCAAGUUAAAAGAAAACAUACGAAGCUCCUGGAAGAGGUUGUACUUUUACUGCAAGAGCCUGGAGAAGAUGCUGGCCACUGCUCCGCCUGAUGAUGUACAGGUGGUCCAAGAGGCUGUCGACAUGCUUAGAGAACUAACUCGCCAGGGGGACUCUGGCAUCAUGAUGGAAGCAGUCAAAGGAACACCUUUCAACCUUCACGACUACGCUCCCUUGCUUCUCCACAGCUCUUUUGACAUUAGAAGCUCAUCCAUAAGGCAAAGGAAGGGCGAUUACCGUGUACUACUGUUCGCGAUGAUGUUGGUGGUAACGGUGCCCAGGGAGGACAAAUUCGAGUAUCAAGAAUUCAUCCCGACUGAAAACUUAAGAGUUGUGUCCUCCAAAAGAGACACCAGAAGAACGUUUGUGCUUGAGGCGAAAUUAGGACAAGGGGGAAAGAGAAUGUACGGUUUCCGCGCACCGUCUGACGAAGCCAAGGAUGUAUGGGUGAUGAUGAUCAAUCGAGCCAUCAAGGGAACAAUCAAUAAAAUGAAGAUAUAAUCUGUAGCUGAAGUAAAAAUUGGCUGAGUAAUGCAAAUAUUUGUUAUGCAUAUAUGGAGCUUUGUAGUACAGUAUGAGUUUGCAAUUAGUUUGUUAAAUGAAUCCACUUGUUAGCAUAUGAAGAAAAAAUAAAUUCAAUGUUACAUAUUCAAAUAUUUACGUGUAGUUAUAGAGAUGAA